AUGCCUUACACCUACUGGCGUAACGGACAGCUCUGGACGAAGGUCUGGCUGCUCAUCUGGUCCGGUAAGUGCGAGACCCGCCGCGAUCAGCUGCGCUCUGCGCUUUACAACCUCUAUGACACUGACGGAACCGGCUUCGACUUGUUCUUUGACGAGCCCGAGAACUUCAACGAUAGACCCGAUUACGUUGCCAUUACCGUGAGCAUCAUGUUCGGUGCUGUUUCGCCUUAUGAGGCUUGUCGUCGGGUUGCUAUUGAGGAGUUGGAGUUGAUCCUUGCGGUAUCAAGGAUAGCCGAGAAAUUUACACUUACAGCUACUUAUGAUUUUGAUCUCUAG